AUGGAACAGGAGAUGGCGGACGUAGAGGCACCACAACCAAAUGGAAGUGCAGGCCAGCAAAAGCGUUGCGCCGCCGCCAUCUUUGAGAAAGCUAAUCGUCCGGUUACAUUGAAGUUUGAGGACGUGGUGUACAAGAUUAAAGUGAAAAAGGAAGGGUGGUUCAAGAAAAGUACUGAAUCUGAAGAGAAAACGAUAUUGAAGGGAAUUUCAGGCAUGGUAUUGCCAGGGGAAAUGUUGGCCAUGCUAGGACCUUCGGGCAGUGGGAAAACCACGCUUUUAACUGCAUUAGGGGGUCGACUUGGUGGAUCUCUUAGUGGUAGCAUUACUUACAAUGGCAAGCCUUUCUCCAAUGUCGUGAAGCGAAACACUGGCUUUGUCACACAGGAUGAUAUCUUGUAUUCUCAUCUCACAGUAAAUGAAACUCUAGUUUUCACUGCUCUUCUGCGUUUACCUAAUUCUCUUACUAAAGAGGAGAAGGUUAUGCGUGCUGAGGCUGUGAUUACUCAACUUGGAUUAACAAAGUGCAAAAAUAGCAUAAUCGGAAGUCGUCUUGUUAGGGGAGUUUCAGGAGGUGAGCGAAAAAGAGUCAGCAUUGGGCAAGAAAUGCUUAUCAAUCCGAGCUUUUUGCUGUUGGAUGAGCCCACAUCAGGCCUUGAUUCCACAACUGCUCAGAGGAUCGUGUCGACAUUGGGGGAGUUAGCAAAUGGAGGGAGGACAGUUGUGAUGACAAUUCAUCAACCUUCCAGCAGGCUUUUCUACCUGUUUCACAAGGUCUUAGUAUUAUCGGAAGGUAAUCCUAUAUAUUAUGGGAAGGGCAUGGAUGCCAUGGAUUACUUCAGUGAUGUUGGAUUCACGCCAAAGUUUUCAAUGAAUCCUGCAGAUUUCUUGCUAGAUCUUGCAAAUGGUGUCUCGGUAGAUGAUUCACGAGAUGAUCAAGCUUUGAUUAAGCAGACUCUGGUGUCUGCAUACAAGGCCAAGUUAGCAGAGAAUUUGCAAAUAGAACUGAAACAGACUACUGAUAACCUACACAGUGUAUCAGAAGGAAAGCAGUUCAACCGAUGGACAACAACUUGGUGGCAACAAUUCUCUGUGUUAAUUAGAAGAGGUAUGAAGGAAAGAAAGCAUGAAUCCUUCUCAGGCAUCAAGAUAGUUCAAAUCUUGGUGGUUGCGAUCCUAUGUGGCUUAUUGUGGUGGCAAUCUGACCCCAGCCAUUUGCAAGACCAGAUUGGCCUUUUGUUCUUCUACACUGGAUUCUGGGGAUUCUUCCCACUCUUCAAUGCAAUCUUCACCUUCCCUCAAGAGCGCCUGAUGCUCGAGAAGGAAAGGGCGUCGGGCAUGUAUAGACUUUCAUCGUACUUCAUGGCAAGGACUAUAGGUGAUCUUCCCAUGGAGUUGGUCCUUCCCUCAGUUUUUAUUACCAUAACCUAUUGGAUGGCAGGGCUGAAAGCCACAGCGGCAAGUUUCCUUGGUUGUUGGUUGGUUCUACUAUAUGCCGUAUUAGUUGCUCAAGGUCUAGGACUUGCUGUUGGUGCUUUGGUUUUGGAUCAGAAGAAUGCAACGAUACUCGGGUCCGUCAUUAUGCUGUCUUUCAUUCUUGCUGGUGGGUAUUAUGUCCAACAUGUGCCCAGUUUCAUAGCAUGGAUCAAGUAUGUUUCUAUAGGCCAGUACGCAUACAAGCUCUUCAUCAUGUCACAGUAUAAUCCUGGAGAAACCUAUCCUUGUGCUGCAAAUAAGACCUGUUUGGUUGAAGAUUUUCCUUCUAUCAAGUCUAUAGGACCGCACGGACUAUUCUCAUCAGUGGUUGCAAUGGCUAUCAUGCUUGUGGGAUACAGGCUAGUCGCCUACAUUGCACUAAUGAGGAUUGGAGUUACAAGAAAUAGAUUGAAUUAG